AUGAAGAUUACAGCGACCUUGGCUUGUGUCCUUUUCACUUUUGGAGUUCUCACAAUCUGCAAUGGCCGGAGUAUACGGUCCGCGGAGAAUAUGCCUCACGCGAAUGUGACGACGGAGGUGAAAAAGGUCGAAGACAUGUGAGUUCAAUUCUUCUUUUUAGAAACUAAACAAAAAAUUGUUUGAACUGAACCUUGAGAAUCUACAGAACUGCCUAUUUCAGGAGUUCAAAUACUGUUCAAAAAGAUACGUAAAACUACGAAGAAUUUGUAACUCUGUUAUCUUAUAUUGACUUAUAGUAAACCCUUUUUUGUUGUUGUGUCAAAUUUAAGAUACUUUCUCACAUGAAUCACCCCCAUUUCACCCAUUUUUUUUGGAUAACUAGAAGUAGUUUCAAUUUCUGAUUUUAUUUCUGAAAGUGUGAGUUCAAAUCCUGGCCGAACAUUUUUGUUAUAUUCCGUCUUUUCAGACAAAAUACGAUAUCCAGUUCCCUAAUAAUUAUAUGAUAUCACACGUUGAAUGAUAAUAUGUAGACUGUGGUACUUUAUAUUGUCUGUAUAUCAAUUCGCAUAAUUUGUGGAAUAGCUUUAUCGCAUUGAAACUUACAUAGAUUUAAAUUCUUUUUUCCGUAUUAUCAAAAUGUAUGAGCGCAUAUAAAUUCAGCCAACCAUGAGUUCAAAAUGUUAUUGCGUGCAUGAGUGAUUACACGCACAAUAUUAUAUUGCACAAUUUAACGCGUGUACACAACUACACACAGUAGUUGCUCAAUGUAUGCGUGCAUGCGGAAGCGAUUUCGGAUGGUUUUAUGGCGAAGUUGCGGGUUCGUCGGAGCAUGGAUGUUUUUGAAAUGGACUAAUAGAAAUCAGGUUGGUGCAAGUAUUUUUAUAGUAUUGAUAUAUUAUUUACUGAUUAUGAACGUCUACGGCUGGUUUAGGCUAUUAAAGUUUCUUGGAUCAAAGUAUGCAUAUAGUCUCCGACACAUGCCAACUUAGCGGAACUGACACAACUAGUAAAUCUCUUACAUUGGUGCGAAGUCUUCUCGUCAAUCUUGUGAUCACAGAAACUUUUAGAGCAUAAACCAGCCUAGUGAAGAUUGUUUUAGUAUCAGUUAUAUGUUUAGACGGAGUUUAGUGGGAUUUGAACUCGCAAUUUCGAAAUCACCAGUAAAUCUCUGUUCCUUAGAUCUGAAGUGAGGAUUACUGGCCAUCAUACAAUAUUUUGAAAGAUAGGGAACGUUUGUUGUUUGAAAGUAAAAUAUUUGACAAGAUAUGCCUUGCUAUGCAACAUUUACAUAAUAUUUCGUGCAAAGGUAUUUUCCAUGUUAUAUAGAAGUGUUUCUCCCGUUUCCUUGGCGAUGGUAUUUUGUAGUUAGGAGUUGCUAAUGAAGUUCGACCAAAUUGGUCUGUCACCUCAAAUAUGCAUGCUAAUUAAGAUUUGAUUCAACACAUGCAUUGUAAUACUGAUAUUAAAUUUGCUUUCCUGUGGAAUUAUGUCAUCUAUUUUGACAAUAUCUGUUACGCAAAUGUGUAGGUCCAUAUUUUGCAGUCGGAUUUGUAUUUCAAACGAAAAGUAACAAUCAUUUUAUCCCGCGAACAAUGUUUUAGCUUAAGUGCCAACAACAUAGAAAGGUUUUUUAAAGAAAGUUUUAGAAAAAUUUGCUUGCACAUGUAUUCUUGUUGGUAUUAUCUUUGAAACAGAUAGAUAAAGGCCAAAAAGAUUGUCUUAGUUGCCACCAGGUUGCUGAGAGAUCGGUGAAAUGAGGUUCUUUUGUUUCAAGGGUUGCUCCACCGCCUGUGACAACAGAGGCGGACACGAAUAUUGAUGCGGACAGUGACUUGGACGAAGAUGCGGACUUGGACGAAGAUGCGGACUUGGACGAAGAUGCGGACUUGGACGAAGAUGCGGACGUUGAAGAUGUGGAUGCAGAUAGUGAAAACGCUGCCGACGAUGCUGAUGAAGAUGGAGAAACAGAUGUUGAUUCUGACGGCGACGCUGAAGAGGAUGCAGAUCACGAUGACGUCGAUGACCUCGAUAAUAAUGAUGAUUAUGGUCACGAUGAUGUUGAUGAUGACGAUGAUGCUGGUGAUGAUGACGAUGAUGCUGGUGAUGAUGUCGAUGGUGAUGAUGCUGGUGAUGAUGCUGGUGAUGACGAUGAUGAUGAUGAUAAUGAUGAUGGUAAUGAUGAUGGUGAUGAUGGUAAUGAUGAUGACGACGACGAUGGUGAUGACGACGAUGAUGAUGAUGAUGAUGACGAUGUUGACGUUGUUGACGUUGUUGACGAUGACGACGAUGAUGACGAUGACGACGACGAUGACGACGAUGACGACGACGAUGACGACGAUGACGACGACGAUGACGACGAUGACGAUGACGAUGGCGACGAUGAUGAUGAUGAUAGCGAUGCUGAUGAUGCUAGCGAAGGACUGUUAUCGAACAGGUAGGUGCUGAUCCGUACUAUACCUAGUUCCUUUUCUUUCACGCUUUCAGGUAUCAUUCACAUGUGUGUGAUCUUACUCUGUAUCUUAAUAACAUUGUUGUUUUGUAUUAUGUAGUGAGGGAGUAGAAAUGGCCCCACCAAUGACGAACAACGCUGCUAAAGGUGACGCAGGCGUUCUUCAGUGGCUCAAGAGCAUCAUAAAGAAAGGUAAGAAUUUGCAUAGCUGAUAUUUAUCAUAUAUUGUUUGUAAUAGGAAUUUGAAAUUUGAAGUUCAUCUACUUUGAAAACCAUGUAAUAAUAUCAUCAUCACUGCUAAAGAUAAAAAGCCAUUUAACAUAUCUAUUUAAGUUUGACCUGAAUUCAAAAUUGAUUUUUGUAUUUUUCAAAUGUUUAGCAUUGGUUGGAAAGAAAUCUGGAGCUGGCCUUCUUGUAGAAGAACCAGACGAGGCUGAGCCGGCAGAACCUGCUGAACCGGCAGAAUUCGAACCGGCUGAACCGGCAGAAUUCGAACCGGCUGAACCCGGUGAUAUUGAAGGACCACGUAAGUUAUUAGUUUAGUUGUGUCUGUAUUUUUGCACUGCAUGCACGUAUCUAAUCCCUUUCUUACGACGUAUGAGUAUGAACAUAAAAUUUGCGGCGAGCAUGUAGACUCUUACCACUAAGUUAAACAUGGUCAGAUGGUGCAAAAAUUGUACAUAUCCUCAGAUGUGGAUUAUCCGACAUUUAGACUAGUGCCCAAUCGAGGAUGGAGCCAAUAAAAUCACCCAUUUAAUACUGCCUUCAUUUUUUGUUCAGUCUUAGAUCCUUGAGUUACCACUGAUAUCAUUGGGAAGACGAUCAAGACCGUUUCAUUAGCUUCACUGCUGGACAAUGCCAAGCUGAUGGAUCAAAUAAUAUAUAUUUAGCUUUUUAUUUAAGCAUAUGUGGCUUCAGUUAAUUUUGGGUUUCAUAGUUUGUAGUUUUGUAGCUAUUAAUAAUCGGGUUUAUUCUAUUUAAUAAUCGGGUUUAUUCUAUUUAAUAAUCGGGUGUAGUUGUACUUAAAGUUGUGAUUAUUAAAGUUUUUGAACUGACCUGGUUGUACAUGUGGUAAUAUUCUACAAAUUCGCUUAUGGUAUUUCUUAAUUUUUUGUUUGGAGUUGAUAUGCAGCAACUUUAUCAGUGAUGGCUCCCACGGAAAAACCUGGCUCGUAUCUGUUUAUUUUUCUGAGCUUAUCUGCUUAGCCAUUUUUAAAUAUGCCGUCAAUAUUUUUCUUCAGUGCUUUCAACUCCACAAAUUAUGCGUUUGAAUACAUACACUUUCAAAUUGCAGUAGUUUGCAUGUCAGUUGUAUUUAUUUGAUGGCGUACAUUCAACUAGCACAUCUGUACACAGGCUUCUUCAUUGGAAGAACAGGUUACCAUUGUGCAUAUUGUUAAUUUGCUUUUAAAAUUACUUUCAAAGAAAUGCUAUACCCGAGACGGGCGGCCAUGAAAAUGUAAAUAAUGCUGAGGGUGAAGCUGGUGGUGCUGAUAGUGCGUCAGAAAGUAACGCAGAUCAAGACGCCGAUGCUGGCGCCGAAGCCAACGAUGUAGCCGAUGAUGGAGCAGAUGAUGCAGCAGAUGACGAUGCAGGAGAUGACAAUGGAACCGAUGAUGCUGCCGAUGAUGAUGGAGCAGAUGAUGAUGCAGCAGAUGAUGAUGGUGGAGAUGAUGAUGGCGCCGAUGAUGAUGGCGCCGAUGAUGAUGGCGCCGAUGAUGAUGGUGCCGAUGAUGAUGAUGCCGAUGAUGAUGAUGCUGCUGAUGACGAUGGAGAUGAUAAUGGUGCCGAUGAUGAUGGCGCAGAUGACGAUGCUGCUGAUGAUGAUGGUGCCGACGAUGAUGAUGGUGCCGAUGAUGAUGAUGGUGCUGAUGAUGAUGAUGGAGAUGAUGAUGAUGGAGAUGAUGAUGAUGGUGCCGAUGAUGAUGAUGGUGCCGAUGAUGAUGAUGCCGAUGACGCUGAUGAUGAUGAUGGAGAUGAUGAUGAUG